GACUUUAAACCGUGUUUAGCUGGAGGUCUCGCGUUGUUCCUCUGUUUUGUCUUUCUAAUGCCUACAGGACCGCGGGGCAGCCCGAAAGUCCUCUUAAGAGGCCGAGUUACUAAGUUAACUUUCUGGAGGAAUAUUUCAAGCUACGAAGACUAAAAGGAGCCAUUGUUUAUUAUGUCUCUCCCGAAAACUCCCACCACGUCGCUGCACUCUGACAGCAAAAAAUCAAAAAGUGUAGACAAGGAAUCAAUAGGACUUCCUGAGCUAAAGGAGAAAAAAAAUAAUGUGGAUUGCUCCAAACCCUUUCCCACUUCUCUCCAGAAUGAAUUCAUCCCCGAGGAAGUUCUUCUUUCUCUAACCUACGCAGCCAAUGCUGGCCCCUGUCCUGAAAACUUAUUGCCUCCUAAGAAAACUAAAACUCCAAAGGGCACCCUACCACGUGCUGUAGAUCAUGUCUGGCAGCACCCUAUUCGAAGAAAUAAAUUCAAAUACCUGAUUGAUCAUCCUGUCUCCCUAACCGGAGCUGGAAGGGAUAUUUCUUUUCUUUAUGAUGUUAAAUAUAUAAAAGGAGCUGCUAGAGAGAAUGACCUUUGUCCCCCACGUACCGGCCGGUCCAUACAGUCAAAUGACGGUGUCAUUGUGCCUCAUAAGCCAAAGACAUUAACAGAUACUUUGAUUCCUGAAGAGUUUCAUAUCGUGUCAAGUACAGGAGUUUCAGGUUUGGAGUGUUACGAUGACAAAUACACCACUCUUCUCACAGAUAGUGAAAACAGAUUGUUGCUUUUCCCGUCUAUGAAACCUAAUAAAAGAGUUGAAGUAAUCCAGCUGAAUGAUGUGAUGGACUCAAUGCUAGAGAGAGCUGGUGUAGAAAGUCAGGAAUACACAGGACCAACCAAGAUGCACCAGCUACUACAUAUGUUGAAGAAGGAACAGGCCAUUUACAAUACAGUGUUUCAUGAACUUAUUCGACAAGUUAGCGUGGACUGUGCAGAUAGGGGAGAGCUGCUGUCCAAGAUCAGACAGAGGUAUGUGCAGAUGCUUGACCAGAUUGCCCGACAGAUGAUUGACUUCUACAAAGACUUGGUUACUCAGCGAGUGAUGGACCAGCGCAUUUUAGAAGAACUAUAUAAUUUCAAGAAUGUUAUUGAAGAAUUGACCAGGGAACUUUGUCUGGUUCGGGCACAUGAUAUAAGAUUAACAAAGGAAGCAGACAAAGCCCGCAAGGAUUUGGCACAGGCUAUUGUAGAUGCUGAGAAGAAUGCAAAAAUUGUUGAAGAAUACCAUGAUUUGUAUUCAUUACAAAGAGGAAGGAUGGAGAAUGACAUUAAACAGCUAAUGGACGAAAGAGAUAUUUGGAGCUCAGCCACAUAUGAAUUGGCCCUAAAGGUAAUAAUAAGAAAUAGAGUCAUAAUGGCUAAACAACUCUACCUCAAUGAAAAAGCCUGGAAUAAGUAUGUUAAACAUUUCAUCAUCAUGCUCUCAACCAAGGACACUUCAGACCAUGCAAUGUUGCAAAAGUUGACAGAGAAAUGGAAAAUGUUAUUGGACAAAUUUAAAUUGGAGGUGGAACGCACAGAAGAGUCCACAAGGGAAAAGGCACAGUGUGUGAAGGAUGGACUUACCAAAUGGCAGCCAUUCUUCCAGGAGAAUACUAUCUUCUCCCUUUUGAAGGGAGAUGUACUGAUUUUACUUCCUUCAGAGUUCAAGAAGUGGCACAGGAUGCUGAUUGAGGAAUCAGGCAAGUUUUCUGGGGAUACACUACUGUCGCGAUAUGAUACUUUGAAGAUUAUUAAGCACUUACAAGAUAAUUGGGCAGAUAUUGGAUAUGGGAUCUUUAGUCGCCAUAAAAAUUUGGAGGGGAAGCUGCCACCAGAGCUGCAGUACAUGGAAGAACUGAUGCAAUACAUAGGAAAACUCUACAAAGAGUAUGAAAUAAGAAUAAAUGGGGACAAUGGUAUCACUAAACUUCUUCCAAGUUUGAUUAGUUCUCUUGACCUCUGUGUUUACAAGUUGGAAAACAUAGAAUCUUCGGAUGCUCCUCUUGAAGAUUGGCAGGAAAUAAAUGAAAAAAUCAAUGAAAUGAAAUCUCAGUUGGAUGCAUUGUUAAACUUUAUUGGUAAUGUUCCACAAUACAUGACUUUGGAUUCUGGCUUGUCGCUUCAAGAACAUAUAUAUAACAUGAUUCAACAAUUGAGUUUGAAGAUAGGAAACGAAAUUAACAAUGGUAUCAUUGAACUUCAGCGCCAUGUGGAUGAGUUGCAUAUAGUUAUGAUCCAGUGGAUGGUAAACUUGCUGGUUAUAAUGGUUCCUGACUUAACUGACCAAGACACUCUCCCAAAGUUGGAGGAGGAAAUUAUUGAGAAUGCUGAGCAACGUAAUGUAGGAAUCGCAGAAUUAGAGCUAAAUGCGAUUGAACUGGCCAAAAAGUUGACCCAAUACUCCUGCUAUGUGACCAGUUGCUGCAAAGUGAUGGUAACAGCAAUUGCUCUGAGUAAAGCAGCUCACUUAGAACAAAAUGCUGCUAAGGAGCUUCAAGAGUUGGAUAAGGUGAAGAGAGAAUGUUUUGAGUGGAUCAACACAUGCACGCACCUCCUCUCCGAUAUCAAAGGCAAACAUAUAAAAUUAUUGACAUAUGAAGAAAUUGUUCAACUACUUGGAGAAGAGGAAAUUGAAAAACAAUUUACUGAGUCUGAACUAGACCAUCUUUUUAAAGAUGAUGAAGAGGGAUACGAAAUGGAUAAAGAACAUCAAAAGGAAGAGACAAUAGAGGAAUCAAUAGAGGAACCUUCAACAUCUACAAACAAGGAAAGAAUUGUUCGGUUCAUUGGGAAAGAUAAAAAUAUUCAUUCCAAAUUUCUAGAUGAAGGAGGUUUCUUGUCAUCCUGGAGAGAAUCAGCUGACAAAGGCACAUUGGCCCAAAAGUAUAUUGAAGUAUUGGCUGUAAUGGAACACAUGCAGGAGAUGUUAAUAGAGGUUGAAAGCAGAGCCAGAGAGGCAGAGGAAAAGUUUGAUGAAGUAAAUGAGCAGCUUCAGUUUACCCUCAUAAAGAAUAAAAACUUGGAGAAGGAACUAGAGGAAAUAGUCAAGAAAUCUACAAAAGAUGAGUCACAAGAAAAAGAAAAUGAAAAGGAAGAGGAGAAAGAAGAACAAAACAAAGAAGAAAAGGUCACAGAAGCAAAACAAGUUACAAAAGAGAAAGAAGACGAGGAGGAAGAGGGAGAAAGGGAUGAUGAUGAUGAUGAAGGAACCAAAUCAUUAGAAACUCCUACAAAACGUCACAAGAAAGGCAAGGGCUGCUUUCUUAUUUCAUUGUAUUUAGGUUUUAUUUAUGAGAGAAAACUUGACUGCCACACAAAUAUUUUACCAGAGCUCUUGUGCCUUUAGUGCUGAUGGUCUUAGUCUGUAUUGCUCCCAGGCAGGCACAGGUGAGUGUAUACACUUAAUUAUGUUAUUCAGUCAAUCAACAAAAUGGAAAAACAAAUAAGUCCCAAUUGUAGAUGAAUAAAGUAACUGAGAUCCAGUCUGUACUUUAAAAAUUGUCAGAUGGCUGAUGUGGCUUACACGGUAGAGUGCCUGUUUAACAAGUGCAAAGCCUCCGAUUCUACACUAAUAAUAAUAAUGCUAGUAAGCUUUUGUUGGAGGAAUGGCUCAAUGGUAUAGCAUCUGUCUGGCAAACACUAGGCCCUGAGUUCAAAUCCUAGUACUGCCCCCACCCUUCUCCUCAAUCCAAAAUAAAAUUUUUAAAAAAAUCUGGCAAUGAUUUUUCUAAAUGAAAAUUGCUUAUCAGAGGUAGCAACUAAGUGGAGUACAAUGGUUCAUUCCUGUCAUCCUACCUACUUAGGACGAUCCCAAUUUGAGUCUGGACACAAAAAUUUCUCCAACUUCUUUGUAAACAAAUAACUGGGCGUAGUGUUAUGGCCCGUCAUAGUGGUACAUCCACACUGGCUAUUUGGGAGGCUAAGAUCAAGCAUAAAAAUGGACUGAAGGUGGUAGAGCACCUCCUUAGUAAAGUGCAGGGCUCUGAGUUCAAACCUCAGUACUGCACAUAUUCACACAACAAAUGGUGACACGAUUUUACAGAUAAUAUGUGUGGGAAGAAAAGCAGAGUUAAACAUUUUAGAAUAUUGUUUGAGAGUCUAUGUGGAUAGUCAUUUAAAAUAUGCAUGUAUUUCUAUCUAGUAACUUCAGUCCUGAGAAUAGAAUCUACAGAAAUUCUUGGGCAGGAUGAUGUGCACCUGUUGUCCAGCUACUCAAGAGGCUGAGGCUGAAAGAUGAUUGAGUCAAGUUUGAGAGUGGUCUGGGCAAGAUACUGUCUCAAAG